CGAACUAAAAAAAGUGACAAAUUAAUUAAAUUGAAGCUGUCAGUUUUUACUGACGGCAAGAGAUUAUUUGUCAAAACUUCAAUAGUUUUGUAUCAAUUUUUUAAAAAUUCUUGUUUUCUGACCUUUUAUGGCGAAUAGCAAUAACAAAAAUGGAAAAUCUAAGUGACAAGACUUCAAACAAUGGAUCAGACGAUGACUCCUUUACCGAUGACCAAUAUCCGAAAUUUGAACCCACCAUGAAGUUUCCAGAUCCAGUACAAAAUCAGAAAAGGAAAGAUAGACUUUUCUUCAAAAAACCGUUGGAAGUUAUCCCAGAAAAAUCCAGCCUAAUAAGUACAAAGAUUGUACCAUCUAUGGGAACGAGGAUCGACCUUCAACAUGUCCCGUCUUCUCUUUAUGUGGAAGGACAGCCCAGGCCCAAAUUUAUUGUCCCUAAAACCAAGAAACAACGGGAGUUCUUCGAAAGAAAUCGGGCCAAUACUUACAAGAGGUUUUGCAAGUAUCGCACGGUGAAAAUGGCUACCCCAAUACCGUCGAAAAAGGUUACGACCAAGUUUGAAGUACCGUCUCCAGAACCUUCUUCGGCAAAAGUAGCUCCCAGAAAAGUGACACCUACAUCAAGUUGGCUAUAUCCAGACCCACAAACCGAGGAAGAAUUGGCGUUAAAGAAACCCAAGAGUGGAAUUAUUAUUAAUGAAACGGGAGAAAAGGAGUCUACGCAUGACUAUGAUAGUUUCGAUUUGGUAUUCAGUAGAAAGCCUAGACCAGACAGUAGAAAGAGAGACAGAAAAGGUAAAGCAAAAAAACAACUGGCUGACAUUAGCGAAGAAAGUGAACAAACACCAAAAAAGGGUAAAGCAAAAAAGAAGGGAAAAAGGAGUAUUGACAAAUCAAAAGAGUUAUUGCCAGAAGAAGAAUUCAUAGCAAUGAUCGAACAAGAGAUGGCAGAAAUGAUGUAUGGGGAAGGAGAAGGCGAUAUGCAAAAAGAUUAUUUAACAAAACAGUUUAGAAGAAAAGUUUCAUUGAUGUCACAAUCGACAUCAUAUCAAAGUAAAGAUUACGAAAUGGAGCCAGAGCUUUCAGUAACUAGUCCGGCCCUGGAUAAGUACGCUCAAAAGUUCAGAAGAGACUCAGAAAUCAGAAGAUACGAACCGAAACGACGAAAAUUUAGAAGAGGAACUCUGGAGAGUCACUCCUUUACCAACAUCUACCAGCCUUUAUUAAAGGAAUUUUAUUUUGGAUCAAGACAAGGAACUAUGCACCAAGGUGACGCACACUUGCCCGAUUUAGCCAGAAACAUGCAAGGGAUAUGCGUUCCUGUAGCAGCUUAUUGCUUCUCAUUUCUAAGGCAUCCAAAUAAAUGGACGGCUGAAAAUAUUGAUGAAAUACUGGAUGUGGCCAGUCAUUUGUAUUUGGAGAGUAUAAAUGCUUUGCAUGUCCAUCAGUCGGGAAAGGAGUUGAAAAUCGAUGAUUUGGAGAAGUAUUGUUUUAUACGACACAAGAAGUUACGCUUUUCGGUAGAAGAACCAGAGGUUUCCGGCCUUAUCAAAUCAACCGAUAAGACAGUGUUUAACCUCACGAAAGCAUUAAAUAUAUUUUUUGCUCGUCAGAAAGCAGGUAUUUUACAAACACAGGAUACCAACAUCGCCAUUUGGAAGGAUAAGUACUUUUAUUUCUUCGAUGGUAAACCACGCACGAAAGAUUUAUAUUAUUCCCCCAAUGGUACAGCUAUUAUGGCCAAUUUUUACGAUAUUCCCGCCAUUGUUACAGUGAUGUUGCAGCGGUCUGGAAUGCAAAAUUGGCCUUUUGUCAUCUAUCCAAUAAAAGUGUAUAAGAUAUUAGAUAAAGAUGAAGAAGAUAAUGAAGAAAAGCAAUUGGGCCUAGAUGCCAGAAGCAACUACAAUAUUUUAAACGAAAACAAAGCAAUUCUUUUAGGAUCAUACGAUUUGGGUGACAAGUGCUUCGGAUUUACUAGAAACAAGCAGAGCUUACCUAUGGCCGUGGUCUGUCUGGUUUAUUCAAGAAUAACUCCUCCUAGUGCCUGGCAUAAGACAACAGUAGACAAAAUUAUGAUCAUCGGCAAUCAGCUAUACGUAGAAUGUAUGGAGUGUGAGGCAAUUCAUGAAAUGAAAUUAAACGCAUUGCCGGCUUUUUUCACUGUAGGUCCUUAUAUAGUUGAAAUUUAUGUUUAUGCCAAUCGCAUGGUGGAUAUGCUCUACGAGAAGUGCAACUGUCAGUUAAAAUGCUCUUUAGAAGAGUUUUUUAAAACGAACACAAACGCCAUUGUGCAGAUUAAUUCUUCGUAUUUAGCCAUAUGGAAACAAAGAAAUAUGUUCUUCUGUUUUGAGCCGUAUCCCAGGGGUUUAGAAGGCUAUAAAAACAGAGAUGGAUACGCGUGUGUCUCGAUGCACUCCAAUCUGGACUCCCUGGUUGACGUAGUAACACACAAUUUCGACGACAAGGACACAGUGUUCAACAUACAUGCAUUAAAGAUUUGCAAGAUUCACAGAGAUCCUGUUCAAUCUCAACGUUUCCCAAAACAUAUCCCGUUGGACGAGUUUCCGCCUGAAGAUUUUAAAAAUUACAAAAUGAAAAAGAGUAGGAAACCGGCUACUGAAAAACCCGUGACGGUUGACUAUUCCGCUUUGGCUAUGCGCAGUUUGCUCAUGGGGGAAACUCCCGAUCCUUCCAUUUAUGAAAUAGGUUCUCAUGUGGAAAGUUUGGCUCUGGAACAAAUUCCUCCAUUAUUACACGCUGACAGGUGUCCUCCUAAAGCGAAUAUUCCAUUGCCUAAACCAUCAACGAUACGGCAUGUGAUAGCUGAUCUGGAUUCUCCCAGUUUGUCAGACACACAAAUUGCUCCACCGAGACCAACUCAACCCAAAGAUGAAGAAGAAGUUCCAUUCAUAGAUAUGGACUCGUUUGAACUGACCCAAGAAGAAAUCGAGUUAGAACAAGUUUUUGGAGAAUUUGGUGAUAUGGAAGAUGCUGAAGAAAUGAUGGAUGAAGAAGGUAUGGAAGGCGAAGAAACUAUGGCAGAUGUGGAAAAAGAAAUGUUAGGCCAAACAGGAGAGGGAGAAGAUUUCUAUUAUAGUGCGGACGAAUAUGCUCAAGUGCGCACAGAGUCCCUGAUGCCUCAAAAGGCUUCUGAGGAAAUCAACACAGAAUUAACAUAUUUUCCUAUUAGAAGGGAGGUUUUGUAUCCUACGUAUAUUAGGGGAAGGCAAGAUAUGAAGAAGAGGCUGCAAAAUGUGAAGAAGCCUUAUGAAUGGGACGAUGUGUAUGUCCCAAUAGUGCCAGAUGUCAGCAAGUCAGAAGAGUUGAAAAAGGAAACCAACUUUGUUGAUUUACCAGAUGACACCCAGAUAAUACGUGGUAAUAAGAACAUAAGCGCUUUUGGAGAAGAUGUAGAGUUCAUGGCCCCAUUCAUAUGCGUCAUGGCAGACGUGGUAGCAAAGAAAUACUCCAUUCUCUCCUGGACCUCGGAGAUUGUGGACUACGUUCUGAAAUGUGGCGUGGAACUUUAUAACGCCUCCAAAGUGAGAUACGACCAAGUGUCCAAACUCGAAAUACCAAAAAUAUCUUUGGGAAAAACGAAGUACUCUUGCCUAGUGGAGUAUAUUUUUGACUCAUACACCAGACAAAACAUUCUGGAACUUGCUAUCGAUAAAAUCUUGUUUGUGAGAUCCGAUAUGGGGGUGCUGGUCACCCCGAUGUACGCAUGCGCCAUCAUUUACAAGAACUACUUGUAUUAUAUGUAUGAUGGGUUUGGUAAUAAUGAGGUUGGACUGAGCGAGGGGUUGUCGGAAGAAGGUACCGCUUGCUUCUCCAGAUUUAAGGAUGUACACUCUUUGGUUAUGAGAAUUAUGUACAAUAAAAAGAAACGGGAAAGCAACGAAGAUAUUGUUUACACAAGAUUCGUCUUGAGUGCUGUCAGAGUUAAGAGACUGCACCCUUCAGAGGAAAGAGUCUUAAAAGAUAAAAAAGGACCAUCGACAACAGAAAGAGAGGAGGAAGAAGAACUAAUGGCAGCAGAGCUUGGAGAAGAUGGAGGAGCAAUAGAUGCGCCUCCUUCAAAGUCUCCAGGAUCCUAUCCACAAUCUGAUGCCGAUGAUGCUGAGAAGAAGCCACAAAAUAAAGUUGGUUAUCAAUAUAAGAAACCGAACUACGUAAUUGAAGGCACACGAGCUCUAGUGGCUGAAAGUGCAGAAGAUGAAGGAGACGAACAGAAAAGAGCUGGAGUUGUAGAGCUUCAAGAAGAUCAUUUUGCUUGUCUAUGUGCUUGCCUUAUGCUACUUUCUUGUCCCAUUGAAAAGUGGGAUACAAAGAAAGUUGAUGAGGUACUGGAUCACGGGAAUCAUGUUUAUUCCCAUGCAGAUGACUUAGAAGUAUCGGAAAAGCGAACAAUCAAAAAUAUCCUAAUAAGAAAGAACUUCUUUGACAUAAUCGUGAGAAAAGUUAAAAUUGAAAACUGGCGGGAUAAUAAGAAUCUUAAUCGAGGGAUAGACACGUUGAUGCGUAAAAAAAUGUCGUAUUUCAUAGUGCAGUUUGCCGAUAGCUGCUAUGUUGUUCAUAAAUCAGCAGCUGACGAUACGUUUCACAUCUUUUAUCCUAAAGGAAUUCCUAAAGGAAAAUCUAAAAGUGAAACUACUGAGGAAGAGGAUGAUGGAGAAGAGUCAGGAGGUGACCUAGCCGGGUGGCUCAGAUGUAGAGAUCUGAAAUGUGUCAAAAGAAGGUUAAAGAAAGCAGUAAAUAAAGGGGCUGAGAGUUACGAUUUUUACACCUUUGAAGUAACGUCAAUCAGAAAAGCCCCUAAGGAUAUGCUGAUUAACUAUAGACUUAAUCAGUAUGACCUGGAAAAGCCAAGGAAAGCUGAGCAAUUGGGCAAACCGUUCUACGAAGACGCAGAAUGGCUUAAAGCAGAUCCGCUUCCAUGGUCCAGGAUUGUUACCAAAAAUCCAGAUGAAAAAGAGCGAGGCACCUUGGACAACCUAUGGCACAAUUGGGAUACCGAAUACAGAAAUGAUUUGUAUUCCAUGAUGGGCAAUAUUCAUCAGGACUCUGACAGGUUUCCAGAUGAAACCAGAGGCAAACAAACUUUAUGUAACCUGGUUGUGUGUAUCGGUAUGCUGGAGAUUUAUGAUUUAAGCGAAUGGAGUGCAGCCGUGAUUGAUUCGAUCUUAGUAAAUGGCAAUCAGUACUUUGAAAAUUGCAUCAAGGAUAUUAAGGAUGAAGAUUAUGAGUUAUCCAUGGAUGACUUGAAGGAUGACUGUGAAAUUUUCCCGUUUACAUUUAAAGUGACAUGCACUCCCAUUGUCGAGGGAACAAUGUUCUUAGUAAGAAACACCCAGUUUAACUUAUACAAAGCUCUCAGGUUCUUUUUUGAUCAUUUCAAUAGACGCUCUGGAAUAAUAACUUGCACAAAGUCGGACACUAAAAAAAACGUGGCCUUUGGAAAGGCUGAGAAACAUGAGUAUUAUAUGUUUGAGGUGGAUGCUGUUGGUAGUCCAAUGUUUUUACAAGGUAUGGAAAAAGCGUACAUUUUACGAAUGACGAGCCUAAAUCGCUUACUACACGUUUUAACUUUAACGCUAAGGGGUGGCGAUUUUUAUAUUUUCGAAAUCGGUAUUACGGAUGUCAAACCUAUCAGCUAAACAGCACUUUUAUGUAAAAUAAUGUCUUGUAAUAAAUUUUUUUUUGUCAUAAUUACUUUUAUUUUUUAAUUUUAUAUUCAUUUAU